AUGUUUGUUCUUGUAGGACUCCCGGUGGAGGAGGAUGUACCCCAACCAACAGAAGAUCUAAUCCAAGAGGACUACGGAGUUAAUUGCAGUAGAAUAUCUCUUCCAUCCUUCACAGGAGUGUCCCUGGAAGGGAUAGUAAAUCAGGUAGAGAGAUUAAAUUUGCUAGAAAAGUCGUGCGAAGGUCUUUUCAAAACAUUCAUGGGAUAUUCCAGAACAUGUAGGAUUGCAAAGGAAGUUGAAUGCGAUAGCAUUGAGAAUGCGGGGAAUUUUCUCAGAUGGGACAAUCAGAACUUUCCAACCAACUCGAUUGACAAAGCAAUUUUGUUACUGGAUGGAGAGUAUGGAAGAGUUUACAAGGCAUAUGAAGAGAAGGUUGAGGAGUUUGGAGAUGCAAGGAAGGAAUGUGAGAAGCUUCAAAAACUUACAAGAGGGAGUUUAUGCGACAUCAAUCUUAACAUAAUAGUUGGAAAGGCAGAGAAGUAUGAAUUCCUCAAAGUUUUAUAUGUGGUUGUUCAGAAGAGUAAAAGCUCCGAGUUCAACAGAGUUGUGGAGGAUUCGCCACACAUAUCGGGAGAUGCUGUGGAGAAGAUAAACAGUGAUGAAGACCAUAAUCUCUUUAAGAUUUACAUCCUGCAUCAGGGCGAGGAAGAAGUAAGAAAUAUGAUGCACUCUGAGGGAUUUCUGAUAAAAGAUCUCGACGACAAUAUGAUUUCCUCCGAGGAGAUGAUUACAAAGAGAAGAAAGGCUGAAGAGAGGUUUUCGGCUGUUGAAAGACUUCUGACUACGUUUUUGCAAAUCAAUCUAAAAGAGGUUCUCAAGAUACUGGUCCAUGUCAAACUCCUGAAGCUUUUCGUGGAAUCGGUUUAUAGAUAUGGACUUCCCACAGAAUACAUGUUCUUUGUAACAAGCGGAGAAAAGUCAAACAUUCUAAGCCAGUGGAUAACCAUAGCCAAGAAUUGGCCUUCAGAUAGGAUUGUGUAUGAAGAGGACGGAGAUAACAAUGAAGAGGGAGAGAUCUUCUUUGCCUUUUCAGAAAUUGAAAUGCAUAGAGAAGAGGAAGAAUAG